AUGAGGAACGUAACAAUUAACGUAGUAGCUUGUCUACUAUGCGUGAGUGCGGUAGUAAGGGCGGGUAUAAUUUAUUCGCAUCCAAAUGAAAGGGAAAAUUUGGGAAAUGGAUUGACGUCUGAGGGUCCGGAGGUGUGGAAGCCAGUUACGCUACCGGUUUAUACCUCAACAACAACAGAGGGACCGUGGACCACUGAGGGUCCUUGGACAACUGAGGGUCCGUGGACCUCUGAGGGUCCGGAAUCAAAUAACAAUGACACCACUACAUAUCCUCCAACAACAUCCAGACCACCUGUAACAGAGGGCCCCGAAACAGGGGGAGUAAUUGUCCGAGGUGAUUGUGCAUUUCGUGUAACGGGAGAUUUAAAUGAUCCGGCUCCAUUAUUCACCAAGAGUGGUGAAUUGGAAUGGCUUGUACCGAAUCCGGAAGGUGUUGUGGAAAUUCAAAAUGGCCAAUACAUUGAUAUGUAUUGCUCGGAAUCAUUCCUGGCUCCAUAUGAAAAUGUAACGAAAAUUACGGCGCAAUGUUUGCAGGGUCUUUAUUUUUUGGUCGAUGGUAUCAUCAGGCCCUUUAACAAUUUUAGCUGCAGCGAUUGGCCAGUGUAUACGGCUCGUAGAACUGGACGUAACUGCAGUGGUGGCACAGAUCUAUUGGAGGUUGGUUUUGAGGUUAGCGAUGGUUUCCUGCAAACCAUGGACAUAUGUCAUGAUGAAGUGAAUGAAGUUACGCGAUAUGUUCAUCAUGUUCUGAACCCAUCCAGUGCCAUGUACCAGCGUUCGGUGGCUCGUCCUCGUUUUAUUGAGGGAGAUUUUUACCAGGGCAAAAAUGUUGAUAAUCUCUAUACCAAGGUGCAACAGAAUAUAACAGUGAGCAAGAUUUUGGGUAUGGAUGCUUCGAUGUACUUCAAUGAUACCAUCGAUAUUUAUAUGGCCCGUGGACAUAUGGCUGCUAAGACCGAUUUUAUAUUCGGAGCUCCACAAAGGGCCACAUUUUUCUUUGUGAAUGUUGGACCACAAUGGCAGUCCUUUAAUGGUGGCAAUUGGGAGAGAGUGGAGGAUGGAGUUCGAAAAUAUGUGGCCAAACAAAAUCUGACUGUGGAUUGUUAUACUGGCAUUUGGGGUGUAUCGACCCUGCCUGAUGUCAAUGGAACCCAAAAGGAGUUAUAUUUGGCCUUUGAUGAAAACAACAAUGGUUUGAUCCCGGUACCCAAAAUCUAUUUCCGAGUGGUAAAUGAUCGCCUGACUCGCAAGGGUAUUGUCCUGAUUGGUGUCAACAAUCCUCAUGCCUCGUUGGAACAAAUUAAGGAGGAAUAUAUCAUUUGUGAGGAUAUUGGACAUAAAAUCGAUUGGAUUCAAUGGGCCAAGGAAGAUUUAUACAAGGGAUAUUCCUAUGCCUGCUCGGUGCCUGAUUUCAUCAAGGUGGUGAAAGAUUUGCCUUUAGAAGAUUUGGAAACUUCCGGCAUUUUGGGUAUAGAGGAGAAUGAAGAAAAGGCGGGCUGUAGCUUCCGAGUUUCAGGGGAUUUAAAAGAUCCUGCUCCAUUGUUUAGCCAUGCGGGACUUCUGCAAUGGAUUGUUCCCAACGCCAAUGGUACAGUCGAAUUAAAAUCUGGUGAAUCUUUGGAUAUGUAUUGCUCCGAAUCAUUUGUGGGUGUUUUUGAAAACUUCACCAAGAUCACUGCGGAAUGCCAUAGUGGCUUCACAUAUUUGGUUGGUGGUCAAAAAUUCAAUUUCAGUGACUUUAGCUGUACCGAUUGGCCGGUGUAUACGGCACGUAGAACUGGGCGCAAUUGCAAUGGUGGUACAGAUCUAUUGGAGGUGGGUUUUGAGGUUAGCGAUGGUUUCCUGCAAACCAUGGACAUAUGCCAUGAUGAGGUGAAUGAAGUUACGCGAUAUGUUCAUCAUGUUCUAAACCCAUCCAGUGCCAUGUACCAGCGUUCGGUGGCUCGUCCUCGUUUUAUUGAGGGAGAUUUUUACCAGGGUAAAAAUGUUGAUAAUCUCUAUACCAAGGUGCAACAGAAUAUAACCGUGAGCAAGAUUUUGGGUAUGGAUGCUUCGAUUUACUUCAAUGAUACCAUCGAUAUUUAUAUGGCCCGUGGACAUAUGGCUGCUAAGACCGAUUUUAUAUUCGGAGCUCCACAAAGGGCCACAUUUUUCUUUGUGAAUGUUGGACCACAAUGGCAGUCCUUUAAUGGUGGCAAUUGGGAAAGGGUUGAGGAUGGUGUAAGGAAAUAUGUGGCCAAGCAGAAUCUGACUGUGGAUUGUUAUACUGGCAUUUGGGGUGUGUCGACCCUGCCUGAUGUCAAUGGAACCCAAAAGGAGUUAUAUUUGGCCUUUGAUGAAAAUAAUAAUGGCUUGAUCCCGGUACCCAAAAUCUAUUUCCGAGUGGUGAUUGAUCGCCUGACUCGUAAGGGUAUUGUCCUGAUUGGUGUCAAUAAUCCUCAUGCCUCGUUGGAACAAAUUAUGGAGGGGUAUGUCAUCUGUGAAGAUAUUGGUCAUAAAAUCGAUUGGUUACAAUGGGCCAAGGAAGAUUUAUAUAAGGGAUAUUCCUAUGCUUGCUCGGUGCCAGAUUUCAUUAAGGUUGUGAAAGAUUUGCCUUUAGAAGAUUUGGAAACUUCGGGCAUUUUGGGAAUAAAUGAAGAACCCGAUACAUUAGAUAAUGGCUGUUCGUUUCGUGUUACCGGAGAUUUAAAAGAUCCAGCUCCAUUGUUUAGUAAAUUCGGCAGUUUGCAGUGGUUAGAACCCAAUCAAAGUGGUGUGGUGGAAUUAAAAUCCGGUGAAUAUUUGGAUAUGUACUGUACCAAAUCAUUUGUGGCUCCCUUUGUCAAUCGAGUGAAACUGACAGCCCAAUGUCAGGGUGACUUUACGUACUUGGUGGAAGGUCAAAGAUAUAAUUUCAGUGACUUUAGCUGCAGUGCCUGGCCUGUCUAUACGGCACGCAGAACUGGACGCAGCUGCAAUGGUGGUACCGAUCUUUUGGAAAUUGGCUUUGAGGUCAGUGAUGGUUUUAUGAAGACCAUGGAUGUUUGUCAUGAUGAGGUGAAUGAAGUCACGCGUUAUGUACACCACGUUUUGACCCCCUCAAGUAAUGGCUACCAGAGAUCGGUUAGUCGUCCAAGUUUUAAACCAGGUGAUUUUUAUGCUGGCAAAAAUGUUGAUCAGUUGUAUACCCAGGCCCAACAGAAUAAAACCAUUAGCGAAAUUUUGGGUAUGGAUGCUUCUCCGUACUUCGAGGGUACCAAUAUUUAUUUGGCCCGGGGUCAUAUGGCUGCCAAGGUGGAUUUCAUUUUUGGUUCUCCUCAGAGGGCCACAUUCUAUUUUGUCAAUGCUGCUCCCCAAUGGCAGGCAUUUAAUGCCGGUAACUGGGAACGUGUUGAGGAUGGUGUAAGGAAAUUCGUGGUCGAUCAACAGAUGACAGUGGAUUGUUAUACAGGCAUUUGGGGAGUUGCCACCUUGGCGGAUGUAAAUGGCCAGCAGCAGGAAUUGUAUUUGGCUUUUGAUGAAAAUAACAAUGGUUUGAUUCCUGUGCCCAAAAUCUAUUUCCGUGUGGUCAUCGAUCGUGCUACACGCAAGGGUAUUGUGUUGAUUGGUGUCAACAAUCCCCAUGCUUCUUUGGAACAAAUUAAGGAGGAAUAUGUCAUCUGCGAAGAUAUUGGCCACAAAAUCGAUUGGAUCAAUUGGAAAAAGGACGAUUUGAUCAAGGGCUAUUCCUAUGCCUGUUCAGUGCCAGAUUUUGUCAAGGUGGUCAAACAUUUACCUCUGGAUGAUUUGGCAACCACGGGCAUUUUGGGUAUCGACGAGGAUGAAGAUAUUACAGGAGAGGACUGUACUUUCCGUGUUACCGGAGAUUUAAAAGACCCAGCUCCAUUGUUUAGCCAAUUCGGCAGUCUUCAGUGGUUAGAACCCAAUCCAAGUGGUGUGAUGGAAAUAAAAUCCGGUGAAUCAUUGGAUAUGUACUGUACCAAGUCAUUUGCGGCUCCAUUUGUAAACCAAGUCAAAAUAACAGCCAAGUGCCUAGGUGAAUUCACAUACCUGGUGGAAGGUCAAAGAUAUAAUUUCAGUGACUUUAGCUGCAGUGCCUGGCCUGUCUAUACGGCACGCAGAACUGGACGCAGCUGCAAUGGUGGUACCGAUCUUUUGGAAAUUGGUUUUGAUGUCAGUGAUGGUUUUAUGAAGACCAUGGAUGUUUGUCAUGAUGAGGUAAAUGAAGUGACCCGUUACGUACACCACGUUUUGACACCCUCAAGUAAUGGCUAUCAGAGAUCGGUUAGUCGUCCAAGUUUUAAGCCAGGUGAUUUUUAUGCUGGCAAAAAUGUCGAUCAGUUGUAUACCCAGGUCCAACAGAAUAAAACCAUUAGCGAAAUUUUGGGUAUGGAUGCUUCUCCGUACUUUGAGGGUACCAAUAUUUAUUUGGCCCGAGGUCAUAUGGCUGCCAAGGUGGAUUUCAUUUUUGGUUCACCCCAGAGGGCUACCUUCUACUUUGUCAAUGCUGCUCCCCAGUGGCAGGCAUUUAAUGCCGGUAAUUGGGAACGUGUUGAGGAUGGUGUAAGGAAAUUCGUGGUCGAUCAGCAGAUGACAGUUGAUUGUUAUACAGGCAUUUGGGGAGUUGCCACCUUGGCAGAUGUAAAUGGCCAGCAGCAGGAAUUGUAUUUGGCUUUUGAUGAAAAUAACAAUGGUUUGAUUCCUGUGCCCAAAAUCUAUUUCCGUGUGGUCAUCGAUCGAGCGACACGCAAAGGUAUUGUCCUGAUUGGUGUCAACAAUCCCCAUGCUUCCUUGGAACAAAUUAAGGAGGAAUAUGUCAUCUGCGAAGAUAUUGGCCACAAAAUCGAUUGGAUCAAUUGGAAAAAGGACGAUUUGAUCAAGGGCUAUUCCUAUGCCUGCUCAGUGCCUGAUUUUAUCAAGGUGAUCAAACAUUUACCUCUGGAUGAUUUGACAACCACGGGCAUUUUGGGUAUUAAGGAAUAA